AUGGCGGUCCAUUCCCGACCUGUAGGGGAUCCUUCUGGCAUCGCUACGGACCCUGAGGAGUGCAGUGGAGAUGAGGACGUCUGUACACUCAUACAAAUGCAGGGCUCUAUGAUCAGGGCACUACAUGAGGACGUCGGAGAGAAGGCCAGAACCGAGGAACGUCUCAUCUCGAUGUACAAAGCCAUGCUUAACACCCCAGCAGCGAUCCUCGAGAAGAGCUCGGAUGAUGCUUCCCGAGAUCUGCAACUUCAAAGGCUGCAGCACUUCCUGGACACAGUUCUCUACAGUCUGGCUCCUGUCGGCGAGGAAGAGGCCAGUGUCGAACCCUACCGAGCAGUAAAGGCGCCAAAUGCCGGUGUGAUUCAGUCUGGUAUGUCGCAGAUGGACGCGAGACGAUUGCGUAUGGCUGCAAGACUUGCGGACUGA